AUGGGUUCUAACGAAGAGAAACUGGAAUCUUUUCAAGAAGGCUUCCCUGCUACGUUUAGUAGCUUCUUCAAGGAUGCUUGCGGUCAAACCAAGAAGGUGUCUUCCUUCUUGACGAACUCUCCUCCUGAUAUCACCCCAAAUACACGUAUCCUUGCCGUUUGCGGAGUUAGCGACUACCCGGAAAAUGCUGCAAGCCCAGAAGACGACGGCUGGUUUUACUCGGACUUUUUUACUUUUCAUACUUUGCUAUAUGGCCAAGGGGCUGCCCAGAAAUGGUGUUGUAGCGAUGAUCCAUCUCUCUUACUCCAGAAAUACGGCAAAUACCUUCACAGAAACCCAGACACGGAGCGGCGGGUGGUCCUAAGCAAGUCGUUGAUACAAAUAGAACUUCAAGAUGUUCGGGUCUUCUCUGCGCCUGACCUUCUUCAAAACGUUCUCGAACUUCUACGUGAAGAGGCCACUCUUGCCGUCCAACAAAAUACUCCACUGAUUCUUUUUCUUUUCGGCCAUGGUGCGGAGACAACUAAAUCAGUCGAGAUUGGUGUAGCUAAUAAUGAGCUUAGUGUUUCUACCGUCCAUAGUGUCGUCGGCGAUGAAGUUGAUCUGACGGUCAUCUCUACUGCCUGCUAUUCUGGAGGAUGGGUGGUAACCUCACUCCUAAAUGCGACGGUACUUUCGGCCGCUGGGCCAGGUGACGAGAGCGAGUCAUGGCCAAAAAGUCAUUCUUUAUCAAGAGCAUGUGGAAGUAUAUAUGCUUCAACCUUAGCCAAAUCCCUUGCGGAUACAUCAAGCCAUGAACUACAACAUCCGCAACCAGAAUCUCCUUCACCUCCCUCGUCAGGUCAAGAUACACCAACCACUCUAAAUGACCAGCAAUCAAUGACCUUCUCUGAAUUCGCUAGGACUAUUCACACACUACUUCUGACUGGAGUGGAUCGACUCGGUUAUCACCACAGCAUAUCAUUCAGCGCCCGUGAUGAUGAUUGGGAGAGUCACUGGAGAAAGAGAACCGGAUUCCCUCUUGCUGACUUGAAAGCAAAGUGGGAGAGCCUUGAACUAGUUCAGCCGCAAGUAUCAUCAUCAUCAUCAUCAUCAUCAUCAUCAUCACCAUCAUCACCACUUAACAGAGAUCCUUGCACUGAUCUUGACAUACAAACCGACAAUAUAUCGUUGUAUAAGCUGCGAGGCCGAUACGGAUCAAUUUCGUCCUAUACUGGACAACUCCGCAGACUUGCAAUAAGUUACCUAGCAAGUUAUCCAGGCCGUGACUCGCUGGCUCCAAAUUCUUCCUUUCAUCAAAAGUGUCGAGACCUGAUCUCGAAGCAAAAAAAGUUUAAUCUGUCUACGCUUGAGACCAUUGAGUCUACAUUACGCUACCGAAUGUCCUUGAGCUUUUUAGCUAACCAGCUCGUGUCGGGCUCUGGGCUUCCUCUUCCACAAGGCAAACUCUGUGAAGAGUGGGAUCCGAUUAAAAAAGGAGAGUAUGAGUACGAAGAGCGUAAUGCCAUCAAUGAACGACUUUACCCGCUAUUUCCUCCACCGCUCCCUGGUCAGGGUCGUGGGUGGAAUAAGCCCCGCUGGUACAUUGUCGCAGCGCUUAUGGAGGCCAAUUUCUCACCAACUGAACUGAGUCUGAAAAUAGAAAAUCUUCUACUCGCUUCACAAAUUCUCGAACGGGGUCAAGAGGUUGUUCUACAGAGCAACCCAGUGGUCCAGUCAAAGCGAAGGCGUCUCCUCAGGUCUUGCUGA